CUUAGGACACUCAGAACCAAGAAGGACUUGACUUACUUCCCAAUAGUUUGGUUUAAUGAAAUGACAGGUCUUCUGGAAGCUCAUCCAUCAACAUUGUCAUACUGAUCGCCAUAAUUCAGCAGUGAGUCAUUAUCUCAGGUGGUUAUAGCAAAGAUGUCGGACCAUGCCCUUUGCCGGGCGUUGGAAUCCUGCUUUAAAAGGGCUCUGGCUAUGGAUGCUGAGUGUUUGGAGUGUAUGUCCUGUAUGCAGCCUGUGCUCUCCGCUGCAGAGGAGGAAAGCUGCAGGGAGGGAGAUGAUGAAAUUGUGGACAAUGAGACGGGAGGACUACAGCAGGAUCAGCUUCCAGAAACCCUCCAACUAUGGGGUGAUGAGAAAGACAUCAUAUGUGACUUUGAACCACCUCUCAAGCCCAAGGCAUGGGCUCCCAUCAUCUACGACUGCUUCGACAAAGAGCAGUACUGGUAUGCAGGCUACCAAAUUACCAUUCAGGAAUCAAUUGAAGAAUACGCAGGAGUAGUCUGGCAUGCAGCAAAGGCAUUAUGCCAUUAUCUGGAAGAAAACAGAGAAGAACUCAACCUGAAAAACAAGAAAGUACUUGAAAUUGGUUCUGGAACUGGCCUGGUAUCAAUUGUUGCAUGCAUGCUAGGAGCUGAAGUCACAGCAACUGAUUUGCCCAACUCUCUUGGAAAUCUGAGAUAUAAUUUAUCGAGGAACACAAAAGGGAGAGGCCUACAUAAUCCCGAAGUAAGAGAGCUGAUGUGGGGUCAAGAUCUCGAAGCAAACUUUCCAAAAUCGUCUUGCCUGUACGAUUACAUUUUGGCAGCUGAUGUUGUCUAUCACCAUAAGUAUCUUGACGAAUUACUGGAAACAAUGAAGCACUUGUGCCAACCUGGAACAGAACUGAUAUGGGCCAAUAAAUUCAGAUUUAACACAGAUUACGAUUUCUUAUCGAGGUUCAAUACGUUAUUUGAAACAGAACUGCUAGCUGAGGUUCCAGAUUUGGAGGUUAAAAUCUUCAAAGCAAAACACAAGGCAGGCUAGAUGAGAAGGUCUCACAAAACAUUGUGUCUAUUCCAUUUGUAAAGCAGCUUUAGGUUGGGCUUAAAUAGUGAGUCAGACAAUUUUUUUUGAUUCUUCUGUUUACAAGACUUGCUUGCUGAUGUGUUUUCAUGGACUUGUAUGUAACAAACAUGCUUCUCUUAAGUUGCCAGGGA